UUGGCGGUCAUGCGCAACCUCGUAUGACAGUACUACGAGCCAAGUGACAAUCUCAGUUUGAGUCAUGUUAACUCGGUAGAAAACAGCUGGAUUAUACACUUAUUUUAUUAAGUGUGUAUCUGAAAAUCCGCGAAACCGAGCCGAAGUGGCUAGUAGUACCAAAGCAGCUUGCUAGCUCACAAUGAAACCAGAUUCGCUAUGUAUUUAUUAGCACCAUGUCUUUCGCGCUUUCAGUCUAUUGAAUUAACCCCGUUAAAAUUUCAAUAUACACUAAAACGUAAGAAUAACUAAAGACACAUUUAAAAAAAUAUCGAAACUGCUGCGUCGAAGACCAGGUAGUAAAUUACCGCACAGUUGUAUUUUCAGUGGCAAGUAGCUCGCUAGUUAUAUCCUGUAUUCGACACCUGAUUAGCACAAUAACAAAACGAUAUAUCAUUCCUAGCCAUACAUAAAUAUAUUUAGCCUAACCAUAAGUAUCUUCAUUGGUUAUCUUGAACUCUUGGUACAAAAAGCUUUGUUGCAUCCCGGAAGUAAAUGCCACUUCCUUAGCAACCCACAAUCCCGAAAGCGUUUAUAGUAACCGAUGCACAGGUCUGUGAUGGCUCAUGUAAUUGGGAAGAAGAAGUCUUUAUGGCAACAGAUAUGUGAAGAGUACGAGUCGGAACAGCCCUGCCCACCAGGAGAUGUCUGGACAGAUCGCAGCUCCGUGAGCACCGACGUUUCGCAGUACAGUGCAAGCAAACACUCACCUGUUUUCUACGGGCUCACGGCUGCAAAGGUAGCGGUGGACGACAAUCCAUUCAGGGAAGUGGACCCACAGCUGAGUCACCCUGCACUGGUUGGGUACUCCAUUCUGGAGAAGCCUCUGUCCUCCCAAUGCUGUGACCCCCACUCCACCCCUUCUACCCUCCCAUCUGUCCAUCAGCAAUGCUCGAUCACGCAGUACCUAGAAGAGAGGGUUUUUCCAGUGUUGCUGCCUGGACUAGAGGCUAUGCUGAACGAGGCUCUGAAACUCCAAUGCCUGGAGAGGAAGAGGAUUCGAUUCAACCCCUGCGAUUUCCUGACCGAGUGGCUGUACAAUCAGAACCCUUGCAGACUGGGACAGGGGCCUCCAUUGGACUUCGCUGAGAUCCCUUUUGUCCAGGAUUGGCUGAGCCAGCACCCCCGUCCGCCCAUCCCCCUGUCCCUGAGGCUGUCUGACUCUGAGGCUGCGCUGCUGAUCCAGUCUCACUGGAGAGGCUAUAAGGUGCGGGCACGUGAGGACGUUCAGGAGCUGAGGCAGUGGCAGAGGGAGCUGAGGGAGGAGAGUCGUGACAUUAGCCUGACGGUGCAGGAGUUCUGGGCCCGGCAGGAGAGCCGAGUGGGGCAGUUGAUUGAGGACGAAGAAUCUCAGCCCAACAACUCGGGGGUGUCCAUCAUGGUGCUGUCCCCCACCCCACUGAGCGCCAUCGUCCAGUCCCCAACUGCGCAGCUGAGCACGGAGACCAUGGCGACGCUGACCCCGACUGCGCAGCUGAGCGUGGAAACCAUGGCGACGCUGACCCCGACUGCACGGCUGAGCGUGGAGACCAUGCAGGCUCUGACUCCGUCUGCGCAGAGCGGGCCCGCCCCGAUGACGCUGAGCGCCGGGUCUCUGGCCCUGCCCGAGCAGAUAGCCGCGUUCUCACCCUCUCUGCAGAGCGCUAACGCUGCACCCCGCAGCGCUGCGGUCGACAAGAGCGCUGCCUGACUGAGAGUACGCUGUGUGCCAGCUGACACACUGAGACCAUUAGCACACUAUGCUCUGAUAACGUCAUGCUAAUACCAUUAUUACACUAUGCUCUACUAACGUCAUGCUAAUACCAUUAUCAUACUAUGCACUGAUAACAUCAUGCUAAUACCAUUAGCACACAACGCUCUGAUAACAUCACACUAAUACCGUUAGCACACUAUGCACUGAUAACGUCAUGCUAAUACCAUAAGCACACUACACUCCCAUAACAUCACGCUAAUAUCAUUAGCACACUAUGUCCUGAUAAUGACACACUGAUACCAUUACCACACUAUGCUCUGAUAACAUUACGCUAAUACCAUUAGCACACUAUGCACUGAUAAGAUCACGCUAAUACCAUUAGCACACUAUGCACUGAUAGCGUCAUGCUAAUACCAUUAGCACACUACGCUCUACUAACGUCAUGCUAAUACCAUUACAACACUAUGCUCAGAUAAUGAUACUCUGACACUGUCAGUAGACUAUGCUACGAUAAGGAUACUCUGAUAAUGUUAGCACGCAUAAUGGCACCCUGAUACUAUUGGCACACUAUGCUUUGAUAAUGACACAACGAUACUGUUACCAAGCUACGCUCUUAUAAUGGCACAAUGAUACUGUUAGCACGCUACACUCUGAUAAUGACACACUGGUACCGUUGGCAUGCUGUGUCCUGAUGACACAUUGAUUCUGUUAGCACACUGUGUGUGCUUAUGACACACUAAAACUGUCCACACACUAUGCAUUAAUGGACAUUUAUUACAUGUUGACUGCCUAUCCACUAUUUCUUCUCUCAAAGGCUGCUAAAGUCCAUACAAAAUAAGUCCUAUUUAAAAAAAUUUUAACAGGCUCUCCAAAAAAGUGGGACCAUGUAAUGAAGGGUAUUAUAGGCCAUUUGGAAAGGAAUUUUCCUCUUUAUUUCUUUAAGGUGUAAGAUGACAAAUAUCUGAUUAGAAUGUUCUUUACUGAACAUUCUAAUGCUCAUGUCACAAUAAAUACUGGUAAUUAAAAGCGCUGAAGUUCUAGAACACUGACUUUGAAGGCUGAAACAACAUUCCAAAAAACGUACUGUUAAAGGGGGGUGAGGGGGAUGGGUUGAAGGACGGUGAAGGCCAUUUCUGUCAGACUGAGCUUAUCAUCAUAAUCCAUUUUCCUGUUUGUCAGGAAACACAGUGACCCCCUUUCCACCACACGUGCGCGCACACACACGCACACACAUUCAUCCAAGCUCAGUUGACCUGGAAGUUGAAACAAAAGAAGAACGACACUCCAAAGACUGUGACCUCUUGAGCUCAGUCCAUUGCUUCAGGCAAAAGCCAGUUCGGAGUUCAGAGACGUGAUAAACUCUGCGUCCUUCAGCUGCCGUUGUUCCGUCUGUCACCUGAAACCCUCACUCCUGUCCUGCCGUCCUGAUGCUGCAACAAAACUUCAACACCUCCCCCAAUCACACGGGCUUCAAACUGUGCAGUCGACAGUAACGAUAAUUGGUUUGCUCUUGCGGCAGUUACUUGUCUAUUCCCCCUUGUAAUAUUAUUUUGCUCUAUGUACUGUAACUGUUAAACUGACAGAAAUAAAGGGAUAGAAUUACAA